AUGGUCAAGCUCACUGAGGUCGAAGACGAGCACUUCUCCGAGAAGCCCACUGCCACCAAGAACGACGCCCUCCUGGUCGGCUCCGACGACGAGGACGACUACUCAGACACCGAAUCCGAGAUUUCCGAUGAUGAGGAUGUCGAGAUUGAGGAGACUCUUUACGAGCGUAUCACCGCCCUGAAAGACAUGAUUCCUCCCUCUGCCCGCCGCAACCUCUCAAACACCGUCUCCUCUCUCACAAACCUUACCAAGGCUACCCUGUCCUUCAGCGGGAAGUCUUUGUGGGUUAUCAGCACCAGUGCUUUCUUGCUCGGUGUGCCAUUCGCUCUGGCCUAUGCCGAGGAGGAGCAGUACAUCCAGAUGGAGCGCGAGCAGGGAAUGAUUAAGGGAGCUAACGAGAUGCUCACCCCCGGCGUCGAAGGCGAGAAGGCGGCUCAGCCCACUCUGUAA